AUGACAAAAGACAAGAACGAUAUUCGUAAAGAUAAACUAACAUCACUCAUGAUACAGCGACAUUACCGCGAACGACAUUACCGCGAGACAAUACCGCGAACGACAAUACCGCGAACGACAUUACCGCGAACGACAUUACCGCGAGACAAUACCGCGAACGACGUUACCGCGAACGACAUUACCGCGAACGA